AUGAUCCAAUGGUUUGAGAAAACGGUUUUGCUCAAGCUUCUAGUGAAGCAUCAGUUUGCGACGCAUGUUAUUGCUGCGACGACCUCUGUCUCGCUAGGAACUGCUAUCGCUUACCCUCUGGAUACCAUCAAAACCAUUAUCCAGGACCCGGUGGGAGAUGAAGACAAUCUACCAGAUGAUGGGUCCCAUAUGUUAGGAGGGACGACGAAGAGGCUGAAUUUAGAGAAAGUUAGGGCAUUAGAGAAGAUCUUCGAGCUAGGGAACAAGCUGGAGCCUGAGAGGAAGAUGCAGCUAGCUAAGGCCUUAGGGUUGCAGACUAGGCAGAUUGCGAAUUGGUUUCACAACAGGAGACCUAGGUGGAAGACAAAGCACCUUGGAAGAGACUAUGAUACUCUGAAGAAACAGUUCGAUGUUUUGAAAUCGGAUAAUGAUUCUCUUCUAGCACACAACAAGAAACUCCAUGAUGGGUUCCAUAGAUGUCAAAACUCGAACAUAGGGUGUUCGCUUGGACCGAUGCUCAAGACUCCAUUUCAGAAAUAUGUUGCCUACACACCGAAAAUGUAA